AUGAAGAAAUCAAAAAAGUGUGUGCCAGUAGCUGAAAAGGUUCAACUUUGGCAACUACAGCUGGCUGGAAACAAAAAACUGAAUUCAGGUGUUUCCAAGAAAGCACGCAAGAAUGAAAACCCAAACUCACUCAAGCAAACUCAGCAACUCAUUUCGACCUUUCAUACAUUAAACAAGCAACUUGAAUUGGUCAAGACAAUCCCAAACAACAAAGUUGAACAGUUGGAAAUUCAAUCAAAGUUGGAUGCCUUGGGCGGAUUACAUGCAUAUCAGCGAGCAUCUCUUCGUGGAGGUGACAUGCGAAAGGGAUGGGGUGCAACUGGGAAAUGGAUUCUGCCAUAUUUGAAAACUGAGCAUUUAAAAAUAUUUAACCAGUUGCAGAAUCUCAACUCGAAUAAUAAAGUAAACAAGCUACGACUGCUUGACGUUGGUGCAAUCACUGGCGAAACGUACGAGCGUCAUGCCAGUUUUUUAAAUGUCACAUCCAUAGAUCUCAACUCCCAAUCGCCAAAAGUCAUUCAACAAGAUUUCUUCAAACGACCUAUCCCCACAAACGAUGACGAGCGAUUCCAUGUGCUGUGUUUAUCAUUAGUGAUCAACUUUGUAGGAGAUCCUGCCGCCCGUGGACUGAUGCUAUCGCUAUCACGCUCGUUUUUACUAUCAUCUGGACUUUUGUAUAUUGUCCUUCCUCUGCCUUGCAUCACCAACUCAAGAUACAUGACUCAUGUUUAUUUUAUCUCUCUGCUUGAAUCACUUUCGUUUGAACUUGUAAAACAUCAUCAUGCAAGAAAAUUGGCAUACUAUCUAUUUAAAAAAUCCGACUCUAGUGCUAUAUCCGCUCUGUUCCCUAAAAAAAUUCUACGAGACGGAGGCGGGCAUAAUAACUUUGCAAUAACACUGCAAUCUACUAUAGAGUCGAGCCAACAGAUUCCGCAAAGCUGA